GAAGACAUGUCUGGAGGACCAACUGUCAGAUGAGAAUCCCAGUUUGUUCCAGAGACUGCCCUGACUGAAGAUGAGUGCAACGAAGCAAUCUCACUGAUGAAACAUUUUGCUGAUGCCGACACAAUCAAGAAGAAAAUGAAACUGAUGUUUGUGUAUCGCCGCAACAUGAUCCUCGACCCCCAGCAGUCAAGCAACAUACUGUCUGAGUUUCCACGUUUUAAAGACGUCAAAAGCUUGGUUGAACAGGAUUUCGUUCUAAUUUUCGGAGAGGAUACCUCAAGCAAGCUUCUGGAAAGGUGGCCAGUCACGCUCAAGAAAAAGAUCAUCAAACAAUGCAGAAAGCUUCCAUCCACAAGUGAGCUUGAAGAACUCUUGCUGGCAGCUGAUCCUCCUGAGGAUGGCACUGAAUUGGAUGUUGACUUUGGUUGGGACAGUGAUCUGUCAUCAGUUUUACUGCUGCUACACCUGAUUCCACCCUCCGCUCAGGGUCGGAAGAGGCCAGGAAAGGUUUCCGCAUCCCAAGCAGAGAAACAUCUUGUGGUAUUCAAGAAGACUGGAACAAACAUUCAAGAGCAUCUCAAUGCCAUCACUACUAGCGCUCAGCCCUAUCUCCUGGCUGUUGGAGUUAAGAAGAAUGCAAUCCACCAGUUCUCCAUCAUUCUCAACAAGAAUGCCAUACCUUGCAUGUCAACCUCUUCUCUUGUUGCUCUAGUGUACAACAUCGAUGUUGGCAAGGUCAAGGAUUGUGCUCUUCGCCGCCGUGAGUAUGCAAAGAUCUACAGCCUCAUCAAUCCUGGUGAAAUCCCUUUGAUGCUUGUACAGAUGUCAGAAUUCAACAGGAUCAACAAGCUGUUCCAGCAGGACAGGGGCAAUCCUUUCAAAAUGUUGGAGUGUCUGCUUCUUUUCCUUCGCUCCCUCAUCUCCAGAGUGGUGAGACCUGGAAUGAUCCCCACAUUAGAUGAACAACUGUUUGCAAUCGACAUAACAGACCCCAGUGUUUUGUUACCUGUGGGUGCAGUCAAUUAUGGGGUCACCUUCAUGAUGGCAUUGGAUGAGGCAAGAAUGGAGAGCACGGCUGAGAGAAAUAUAAAGAGCAGGUGCCGUGACUUCUUGGUGGAAGUGGGCUGA